AUCAAGGCCAUCUGAGCGAAUACGAUCUUCAUAAAUUUACAGAAAAGUUCCAAAACAAAGGGUCAAAUCAGAAAAAUGAAAGAUCUGAUCAUGAUAACCGUACAGCGAGCAACAAAAAUUUCCAAGGGCUCUUCUUCUACCUCUUCCUCUUCUUUCCAAAUCAUGAAAGAAAAAUGAAAAAAACACCAGGAAGAUCAAAUAUUUAGUCUUUUGUUCAACAGAGGCAGGAGAACUAGGGACAAAACUAAAAGUACUAAAAUCAACAUCUAGAACUCUUACUCUGCAGUUCAUCAAGUUCUUCCAAGACCUUCAUAGUAGUACCAACUUCUUCCAAGAACACUACAUAAUUAUCCUAAAGAACAAAAAUGACGUCCGAAGAGACUAAUGGCCAUCAGCCCGAUGCGGCUGGCGCGAAGCCAGAGAUUCAGCGAGGUGGUUUGAUCAGUGAAAAACAAGCAGCAGUCCAGGUAGAAUGGGCAGAAAAAGACACAAGUGAGGUCAUGCUUUCAGCAGAAACCUGGGAUAGUUUGCAGUUGUCGAAGUACUUGUUGUUUUGAACCUUGAUCACUUUGACUAGCUGAUCUAUUAGAAUUUUUUUUCACUUAAUAGCUAGGCAAACCCAAACAGUUGGACAAGGAACAAGAGCGCUCAUUUUCAUGCAUCAAUCAUGCAUUCUACUAACUUAUUUCCCAACUCUACUACGACUUGAACCUUCUCCUGAAAAUCACUUCUCUUGAACCAAUCACUCUUGCAACCCCACCUCAGGGAACUGAUGGACGGCAUUUACGCCAUGAACUAUGUCCGACCAUCCAAGAUUCAAGCCGCUGCUCUCCCUCUCAUUUGCCCACCGAAGAGCCUGAAUAUGAUCGGGCAAGCCGCCAACGGUAGUGGAAAAACAGCGACGUUUAGUCUAGGAAUGCUAUCCCAGAUCGACCCAGCGCUGAAAGCGCCACAGGCAAUGGUUGUGGCGCCAACAAGAGAACUAGCGAUUCAAACGGAGGAAGUCCUGACAAGUCUGGGCAAGUUCAUGGGAAUCAAAGUUAGAAAAGUAUUGCCGCAAGAGGAGCAUAUGGAAAAGUUAUGGUUCAAGGAUCAACAAUAUUCAUCUAAUUCUUAUUUUUCACUUAUGUAGAUUAUGGAAAGGUUGCCCUACUUCUUAGAUACAAACACAAAAUAAUUGGCCUUACUACUAGUUCUAGUUCGAUCGAUUGUAAUAGUUAUUAAGUGAAUCCUAUGUAAUGCAUAACAAAGACAUCAACUUCAAUCUCCAUCGCAUUACUUUUUCUUCUUCUAAUCUCUGGCAAAUGCGAAGCCCAUGUGGUAGUUGGUACACCGGGAAAGGUCUUCGACUUAGUUAAGAAGCGAAUUCUGAAUGUCGACCGAGUAAAAGUUUUCGUUCUCGAUGAAGCGGAUGUGAUGCUCAAUGAGGAGAAUACGGGAAUGGGCGCACAGGUUGCGGGUGUCCGAAAGUUCCUCCCGAAGAAUAUCCAAGUCUUGUUCUUUUCUGCAACGUACUACUCUUUUGCUUAGAUAUUUUUUUCGAUCAUUUUGGUUGCACCAUUUGCAGGACCAUGACCAUUUGGACCAUUUGAAGAUACAUUCGUCCUCAGUUCUUUCCUGUGAUGAGCUCACCGUAAUCCUUUGCAAGUCCUUGAAGAGUUUCUUCCUUGGAAAACAAAUGAUAUUCGUCAUCACCCCCCACCAGGUUUCCCGAAAAAGUUCUAGACCUCGCGAACAAGACCGUUGGCGCCAAUGCAGCGAAGAUAACAGUCAAGAACGACAAUUUAGUUCCCGAAACUAUCCUCAACUUUCACCAAUUUACCACGUCACCUGCGGAGAAAUUUGAGGCUUUGAAAGAGCUCUACGCACACCUCAAUAUUGGCCAGAGCAUCAUCUUCGUGAAUAGCAGAGACUCAGCCCUAGACGUGAGCACGAAGAUGAAGGCAGAAGGAUACAGUGUGAGCAUGAUCACAGGAGGUGGAAGCGGAGGUAAAGGAAAAGGCAAGGGUGACAAAGGCCACGCUGAAAACUUCGUAGACCCUAAGGAGCGCGACAUAAGAAUGGACGAGUUUAGAAGAGGAAUUACGAAAGUCCUAGUAGCAACAGACGUUUUAGCAAGAGGCAUCGAUGUGCCAGCGGUCACACUAGUCGUCAACUACGAAUUGCCAUUCAACAGAAAUGGGUACUACUUCUACUUGCUUCUAUCCACGAUUUUUGAGAUUGUGAGCUGAUUAUAAGUAGUUCGUUUAUUCUUGGCAGCUUCAAAAGUACUUAGUACUAGCCAAUUUUGUGGACUUCUAUCUACUUCUAGCACCUCCUCUCACUCACACGAAUUUCCAGAAUAAAAACUAGUUACAAAAAAUUAGUAUUAGAAUUAGCCUCAAACUACAAAACAGCCCUGGCGCCAACGGUGAAACUUUUGUCCAGAGGAUAGGGAGGACCGGUCGCUUCGGCAUGAAGGGGUUAGCAGUAUCUCUAGUCGACAACAGAGAAAAGCCACAACUCUUAGACCUCACGAAAGAAUUCAACAUCAAGAAUAUGACCGAUCUGGACGGGGACUACGAACUGCUGGAGGAGCGCCUGAAGCAAAGUAGGAAGGCGAAGGCAGCAGGAGCUGCUGGGGAUGCGCAGCAGGUGCAGUAG